AUGGGCUCCGAUACACCAUGGCCAACCGCUGAAGGUCACCUAUACCAGUUUGAAGCAUGGACCGUUAUCUCUGCCAUUGCUGUGAAUACAAAGAUAAGUGAUAUCGUAUUUAAAGGUCAAAGAAGACGUGGUGGUGGUGGUGAUGAUGGUAGUAAUUGUGAUGGAUGUGGUUAUGUUGGUGAUGAAGGUGAUGGCGGCGGUGAUGGUGGUAAUGGUUAUGAUGGUGGUGAUUAUGAUGGUGGUGAUAAUGGUGGUGAUGAUGGGAAAGAUCGUGAUGGUGGUGUUGGUGAUGGUUAUGUUGGUGGUGAUGGUACAAUGAAGUGA